ACGAAUAAAAAUGUCUUGAUUGUCUUUGGUAGUAUUAAAGAUACCAACGAAAGAUUUGAUUUCAGUGUAGAAGAUGUAGAGAAGUAUUUAGCAGAAGCUAAACAAAUACUUUUUGAAGCACGUUCACAGAGACCUCGGCCAAACUUGGAUGACAAGAUAAUAACAACUUGGAAUGGCCUUAUGAUAAGUGGUUUAGCGUACGUUGGUGUUGCAAUUAAAAAUAAACAGUACAUACAAUACGCUGAAGAUAAUGCUAAUUUUAUAGAGCGUUAUUUGUAUGAUAAAAUGAAUAUUUUAUUACAAAGUUGUUAUCGCGCUGAUGGAGACAUAAUAAUGCAACCGCUAACUCCAAUACAUGGUUUUCAUGCAGAUUACGCGUUUGUUGUUCAAGAACUACUUGAUUUAUACGGAGCGAAUUUAAAUACCCACUGACUCGAGCUAGCUAAAGAGUUGCAGGAUAUUCAGAAUAAAUUAUUUUGGGAUGAUAAAGACGGUGGUUAUUUCAAUAAAAUUAACGAGGAUAAAAAUAAAAUCCUGACACUAAAAGACGGUAAAAUGAAUUACUGAUGAAAAAGAUCUACUGAUGUUACCCGUGGGAAAGAAGAAGUGUGCAAGAUUAACUGCUGAGGCUGCUAAUUACAUAAUUUAAUCAACAUACGUAUUAUUUAAUAACAGAUUGAAUAUUGUUGCGAUUGUUUUUACGUUAGUUAUUUCAUUAUUUCUAUUAUUAAACACUUAUCAGUCAAUUGGUUUUAUAAUCCCGAUCAUUCGACAUUCUGGGGACUCAAGUUUAUUCAAUAUGAAAAAUUAUGUCGAUUGGCUGAUAUAUAAUUGUAAUAAUUUGCAUUUUAUUAUUAAACUUUGUAUUUAUU